UUGUGGUUUUCGUUGAUCGAAUUCGAUAUUUUUCAGUUUAUUCGAGUUAUUUUAAAGUAUUUCGUGGCUUUAUUUUACUUUUACCGUUAUUUAAAGGAUUAUCUGGGUAUCUUAAGUUGUCAUAUUUACUUGUGAAUCGAUUUCGGUGUUGUAUUCGUUAAGUUUUCCAUGUUACCCGGUGAACUUCGAAGGAAUCAAAAAUGAAUUUAGAACUCUUAGAAUCGUUCGGACAAAAUUACCCGGAAGAAUUUGACGGCACCUUGGAUUGUGUUUCGUUAGCUGUAACGUGUUCAUUUAAUAGAAGAGGAACUUUGCUCGCAGUGGGAUGUAAUGAUGGUCGUAUCGUUGUUUGGGAUUUCUUAACCAGAGGCAUAGCUAAAAUAAUCUCCGCUCAUAUGCACCCAGUGUGUUCGAUAAGUUGGUCCAGAAACGGAUGCAAGUUGUUGAGUGCAUCGACUGAUAACAAUGUUUGUAUAUGGGAUGUGCUAUCUGGCGAAUGUGAGCAACGUUAUCGUUUCCCAUCUCCCGUAUUAAAGGUUCAAUUUCAUCCAAGAAACGAUAAAUUAUUCCUAGUUUGUCCGAUGAAGCAUGCGUCUGUUCUUGUGGACUUGGACGGUGAACAUCAAAUAAUUCCUACAGAUGAAGAUUCUGAUUUAAUGAUAGUAGCAUCUUUUGAUCGUCGAGGCCAACAUAUUUACACCGGAAAUGGUAAAGGCAAAGUUGUUGUGUUAUCGUGUCCCAAGUUGGAGGUAAAAGCUUCGUUUAAAAUCAAUAGUAGCAGUGCUACAGCUGUCAAAAGUAUCGAAUUUGCUCGAAGGGGAGAAUUCGUACUGUUCAACUGUUCUGAUCGCGUCGUACGUGUUUAUAAUUCCGAGCAUAUUGUUAAAACUGGAAAAGAUGGAGAAGUUGAACCUAUUCAAAAAUUACAAGAUUUAGUCAACAGAACGAUGUGGAAAAAAUGCUGCUUCUCGGGAGACGGAGAAUACGUAUGUGCCGGAUCCGCUAGGCAACACGCUCUAUACAUCUGGGAAAAAAGUAUCGGAAACUUGGUUAAAAUUCUACACGGUAUGAAAGGAGAAUUACUUCUAGACGUCGUGUGGCAUCCUGUCCGACCCAUCAUCGCGAGUAUUUCAAACGGAGUUGUAUCUAUCUGGGCUCAAAACCAGGUUGAAAACUGGUCGGCUUUCGCUCCAGAUUUCAAAGAACUCGAUGAAAAUGUAGAAUACGAAGAACGAGAAUCGGAAUUCGAUCUAAGUGACGAAGAUAAAUCAGUUACCGCUGGCCCUGAAACAAAAGAUGAAGACGUCGAGAUUGACGUUACGUCGGUGGAAAAUAUUCUGGCGUUUUGUAGCUCGGACGAAGAAGGCGAAGAUAAUAAUGUUUUACAAUUUUUACCUAUCGCUCCGGAGGUCGAAGAUCCCGAAGAUAGUGGUCCUCCUGCCGCCCCCAGUGGUCGAGAUUCGCCGCCGGCUAAAAGACCUAAGUAUAAAUCGUUCGAUAUUCAGUUAGAAGGUACUCCAUCAGAUGAACCACAUCCUCUUCUAAAUCCUCGCUCCAAAGAUAAACCCGUCGCUACCGGAAAGAAAGGAAGUGGGAAACGGAUCUCAAAAUGAAGACUUAUUUAAAAUUAAUCUAGGUGUAGAAUUUUUGUAUAAUUUAUUUAUAAAAUUGGACAGAUUUGUUGACCGAUUGAAUUUAAAUUAUUGUCGCCGAAUAGAUUUUGUACCGAAUGAAAAAUUGACUGUCCAGCUUCGAGUAAGUUUCAGGUAAGCGAGUGUGUAUUUUUCAGCAAUAAUAUCGUUGAGGUUUAUUAUCGAGUAUAAAGUAUUCAAUCGAUGUAAAUAUUUUUUAUUUUUUUGAUAACGUUGAAUUUUUGUAUAUUUAUUGUGUAAUGAAUUAUUUUCAUUCUCAUCUUGGAUUGUAACAUGAACAUAAUCGAUUAAAGAACCAUAUUAUU